AUGGAUGAUAGUAUUAUACUAAAUGUAUUGACAUUGGUUGAUAAGAGACUUAAUAGAUUAAAGGGUGCAACACCAUCACCAAACAAAGAUGUUAUAGAGUCUACUAUUGAGAAUUAUCAAAAGACAAAGGAGAUAUUGAACAAUGCAAAGAGAUUACAAGGUCGUGGUUCAGGACAUCCAGAUGAUAUCAAACAGAAUAUACAUCAGAUUGAGAUAAGAUUGACUCUUGUGGACUUUGAGAUCAAUGCAUUGGAGAAGAGAUUACAAGAUGGGGACUACAACAACACUCCUCCUUCAACAUCACCAUUGGCACAUUCACCGACAAAUGUUACUACGAUCAGUACUACUACUGUUACUGCACCAACUAGUACUACCUCGUCUACUGCAAAGACGACGACUCACAUGCCCAUACCGACACAAAUUGUUGAAACACUGGAAACUAAGGAAUCUCCAAGGUCCAUCUCACCCCCAUCGGCGUUCUCAUUCUCUCGUCUACUCAAUAGUAAUGGCAAUGUGAAUGGGACUCAAUCAGUCUCCGACUCAACAUCAUCAACAACAACAACAACAUCAACAACGACUACUACUACAACAUCAACAGAGAAUGGUGAUGCUGAUGGAUAUAUAUCAAUAGCAAAGCGAGGUCAACAAAUUGCAAUGAUGCUUAAACAACAACAUAAUGCCAGUGAGGUCGGUAGUUUGCCAACAACUACCACUACCACUCCAAGGAAGUUGAGUGAGGCCAAGAAGAUGGAUAUCCACCUACCUCAAGGCCAAGGCUCGUCAAGUCCAACAUUGAGCUCAUCACCUCGAUCACAGUCAAUCCUGAGUUCAUCACCUCAACCCAAUCAAUCAAAGAUGUCCCCGCAACUAGUUGCCGCCAAGCUAGAUCGAUCACCUCCCAUCAUAAUCAAGUCAGUAACCACAAAAUCUCCAACAAUCACUACAACCACAUCAAUGCCAUCAUCAUCAUUGACAGAUGAGUACAUGAAGAAUAAUGCAGCAAUGUCCGAGAAUGGAUUGUCAAUCACACAGGCAAUGAAGCCUUUUCUUAGGACUACGCCACCACCACAACAUAAGGCAUUCGCGCCAAUGUCAACAUCACUUCCACCCUCAAUGGUACACACUGCCAAUCUCAAGAUAAGUCAGCGACUCAAAAUGGCCAAGCACAUCCCCAUCCGCAAGACAUCAGACGCACGCAUUGGACACGCGCGUUCAAACUCACUCUCUAAUCGUCCGGCUCCCGCUCCAUCCACAGUCAUAGAUGAUGGAGUUGGCUCGAACAAUGUACAAUCACAAUCACAUUCACAAACACAAUCACGUGGACAAGGCGAGAAGUUGGCAAUCUUGCAAUCAAUGUUAAAGGCAGAGGAGCUGACGAAUUCAGCAGAUCGAAAGGUGUUGAGUGAGAUCAACAAGGUCACGUAUCAAAAGUCAGAGGAGUUCUAUCAGUUGCUAUGGGAGGUGCGCUACCUGGACAAGGCAAUCGCACAUAUAGUGAGCAACAGGAUACAGGUGUCCGACCUCAACUUCUUGUCUCAGUUCCCAGAUGACGAACCACCAGCCGAUGCAUCGGCUGUCACUGAGUUGACAAAACAUCUCAAAGUGUCACUGGAGCGAAUCAUUGUGUUGAUGCGCAAUGAGCCAGCAAUCCUCUGUGACACACUUAGUCGCGCUGGAUACCUCCGAGAUGACUCGGACCGCGCCAUCAAGUCUACUCACACAGACCUCUCACAGGCAAUCGUAUUCAGUUUGUUUGGAAACUGCUUCACCGCGAGUGAUGAGCGAUUACUACUCUUGCUGAUCAAGCGCAUUGCCGAACAUGAGUUUGCGGCCUUCCCGGACAAGGCACGAUUCGGCGCACAAGAGCCAUUCGCAUACACAUUGCUGUCAACAUACCUCAACUACACAUUUGGCAAGCCUUACGCCAUCUCGGUGCUGAAGGAGUUGGUGGCGGCAAUCGUACAGGAUCACAACAUGAACUUGGAGAACGAUCCACAGAAGAAGGCCAUGCUGGCUGAGAUUGGCCUCGACCAGGAGCCCGAUGUGGACCAACAUGCGCUGCUCCAACAGUUCAGUGGCGAGUUCAUUCAUCGUGUCCUGGCUCUCGCCACUGGCCUGCCCUAUGGCCUGCGCUGGGUGUGCAAGGUGCUACAGAACCUGUACCGCGCACAUCUUCGAUCAGUGCGCCCAGCCGACCAUGUCGAUACAGCAUUCUCUCGCAUCAAGGACUCGCGCGUGGAGCGCGAGCUACUUGUACAUCUCGUGUUUGAGCACUACUUCAUCCCAGCGCUGAUCAGACCCGAUCACUAUGGCGUGUUGACAGGCUUGAACAUCAGCCACAAGACACGACACAAUCUCAUUCAGAUUGCUAAGUUGGCACUUAGCUUCCUUGCCAACCCGGCCGAAGUUCCAGCCUGGUUGGAUGAGUCGCUCAACUUGCGUGCACGCAUGGAUGAGUACUUUUCCGAGUUGACUCAGGUAGAUGAGCCCGAGCUCUACUACCAUCGACCAGUCUACGAGUUGGAACUUGGCCAGAACCUGUUAGUGUCAUCCACAGACUUGUUCAUGAUCAUGGAGCUUGUCUUUCACAAUCGACCUCAGACAUCGGAUGAGACAGAAACAUCGGCGUUACAAUUGGAGCUUGUGGACAUGAUCAAGGACGUUCAAAAGGCAUCACAUUUGCAGGAUGGAAUGAAGUUCCUCGUGAUCAAUGUGUUGCCCAAGAAGAAGGACCCAUCACAAGACCCCACCAACCCACGUCACAGCAUCAUGAUGCUGAGCCAACCUGUCAAGCUUGCCAAAGAGAACCUGGCCCUUGCACUCAGUGUCCUCAACUACAUCUGUGGCUACUCCUCAUCAACCAACAUCUGCGAGAUCCUCUUACUACAAUGUGGAAGAAGUAGAUGCCUGGAACUCAACAUAUUGGAGGCACAGAUAGAAGAGACAAUCAGGAGCAUGUGGGCCUUGCCCGAGGCUUAUAGGGCCAACGACUAUGAGUUGUUGAUCGACUCGAUGUUUGAUGACUAUCACACACGUGAGAAGAAACGUAAUAUGGAGAAGCAACUCAAGGUACUCUAUCUGGAUCAGUUACAACGACACACUUCACAAAUAAUCUCACAAAAGAACAUACACAUGGAGUUCCUCACCAAUCAAAAGUUCAGAAUGUUCCGCGAGAAGACGUACGAUCGCAUGCAGACAGAGUUUGUCUGUGAGUUCAUGUCACGAUUCUCCAUCGACACUGGCAACUGCUCGUGCAAUCCAAACAUCGAUGACAACCUGUCCAAGAUAUGCGAUACCUGUAGUCUCAAGUCCACCAUGAUCUCCACCUUUGUCAAGCGUUCCAAAGAUGUCAUUGCCAAGAGUGAGUGGUGGAAAGGUUCCGACGAGGAGGACCUCGACAUUGCACUCAGGACCUUGGAGAGGAACCUGAUGACACAUAUUUAUAAUUACUCAUUCAGUGUUUCCAAAGAGGAUGCCAAGUUCACCAAGCUCAUCCAAACAAGAUCAUCAGUCAUUGAUUACAAGGGACUGUACAUUGCCGAGAAGUUCGCCAACCAAGCACCAUGGGAGCUUGCCCAACAAGAGAUCAGGAAGAUCAAUCUAUACAAGUCUCCGCAUGACAAGAUGAAGUGUAUCAUUGACACUUGGAACAUUAUAUUAAACUACACCAAACCACUUGGAGAGUCUGGUGGACCAGAUGACUUCUUACCAAUCAUGGCAUAUGUGUUGUUAAAGGCGAGACCAGAUAACUUACUAUCAAACAUACAAUAUAUAUCACUGUAUACAACAAGAAUGGACCCAACCGAUGAGAUAUGGUUCAUGAAUCUAAAGUCAUCAGUGGAUGUAGUCAAGUCUGUACUGACAGGUGCACACAACAAUCAAGGUUGGACCAAAGGUAUCCUCCAUCCAAACACCGAUCGAAUGGAAAUGCUCAAGAAGGAGGUCAAGAAGAAGCAGAAGAGUCGCAAGUUCCGUGCAUCCAUCAUACGACUGGAGGCAUCCAACAACAACAUGGACAUGUAA